AUGGAGGGUUUUGUGCGAACAGUGGCUGAUGAGUUACGGCGUUUAGCGAUCGAAGUGGAGAACAACCCACCAAAUGACUACCUGCAAUAUCGGUUACAUAGUCUAAUGGAGGACUUCCUCCAGAUCAACGCUCAGAUGGACAUUGAAGUUGGCGUGGACGUUUUAGACAAGCUUCAAGAAGUCGCCCGUCAGCUCCACGUUGUGUCUGAGACAGAAGAGGAGAAAACGUGUGGACGUCCCUCAUACCUUUUACCUCCUGAGGUCAUUAAAGUUCACCUUCUGAUGGGGCACACUGCGGGAGAGAUAGCGCGGUUGUUGGGAGUGUGUGAGAGAACAAUCCGUCGGAGGAUGGCACAGUAUGGGAUAAAAGUCCAUGAUUUAUUGACUCCGAUGGAUGAUGGGGCCCUGGAUGAAACUGUGACCCAGAUUCUGCAGCAACAUCCCAACUGUGGAUAUAAGAUGAUGGCUGGGCACUUGAAUGCACAAGGCAUCCGAAUACAGAGACAGCGUGUACAGGACUCCAUGCAUCGGGUGGACCCUCGGGGAGUUUUGAUGCGUACCCUUCAGCUGAAUCCAAGAAGACGCAGGAAGUAUGAUGUACCAGCACCAAACAGUUUGUGGCACAUUGAUGGGAACCACAAAUUGAUAAGAUGGCGCAUCGUUGUGCAUGGUGGUAUUGACGGCUUUAGUCGUCUCAUUGUGUACCUGCACGCUGCCACCAACAACCGUGCCCAAACAGUCCUGAGAAGCUUUGUCCAAGCUGUGGAGGUCUACGGUGUGCCAUCUCGUGUAAGGUCGGAUAAAGGAGGGGAAAAUGUGGAUGUUGCACGCUACAUGGUGGCCAACAGAGGACUCAACAGAAACUCCCAUAUUGCUGGCAGGAGGGUCCAUAAUCAAAGAAUAGAGAGGCUGUGGAGAGAUGUGUAUGUGGGAGUAGUGGAUCUCUUCUACUCCAUCUUCACCAACCUUGAGAGAGAAGGCCAUCUCAAUCCUGACUGUGAAGUUCACUUGUAUGCUCUCCACUGGUGCUUUCUGCCUCACAUCCUGAAACACCUUCAGGCUUUCCAGCAUGGCUGGAACUGCCACCGGCUGAGCACUGAGGGAAAUCAGUCCCCGCUUCAGCUGUGGACCCGUCAUGAGCGUGAGACCCCUCAGGAUCAGGACUCAGUGCAGGCUGACACAGAGUAUGGAGUUGACUGGACCGGACCCUGUGGUCAUCGACAACCAGGGGUUGUUGUCCCAGAAGUGGAACUGCAGCGCCAUCUGACAGAGACAGAAGUAGAGAGCCUACCUCAUCCUGAGGGUCCUCUGUCAAAUGCAUCGGAUGCCUACAUGCCAACUGUGAGGCUUUUGUCAGAAAUGCUUCAGUGA